CCGGUUCGAGGGUGUUUUCCUGACGUCAGACCUUCCCGCGGUUUCGAGAGUCUUUCUGACACGUUUGUUAGCGGUGUGAAGACGUUUCGUGUCCUCGUGACUUAAAAAACAUGCGUUACGUUGCCGCAUACCUCUUGGCCGCCUUGGGUGGCAACAAAGAUCCAUCUGCCGCCGAUGUCGAGAAGAUCCUUGGCAGUGUUGGUAUUGAAGCUGACAACGAGAGACUCAGCAAGGUGAUCAGCGAGCUCAAGGGAAAAGACGUGGCAGAAGUCAUUGCAAAGGGACAAGAAAAGCUGGCAUCAGUACCAUCCGGAGGUGCCGUGGCAGCCAGCGGAGCUGCGGCUCCCGCUGCCGGAGGCGGCGCUGGAGCAGCUGCCCCCAAGGAAGCUGCCAAGAAGGAAGAGAAGAAAGAAGAGUCUGAAGAGGAAGAUGAUGACAUGGGCUUUGGACUCUUUGACUAAGGCGUUUUUCUAAUAAAGCUGACAUGGAUGUA